AUGCGACACUGACACUGAUUUACUAAAGACAUGGCAACAAAAAGACAAGCUGAAGAUUUAGCCAUUGAUGGCGGUCUUUCUGGCUGGAUUGCAGUCUUUACCAGAUGGAUGUCCCUUUUUCUCUGGGUAGUUCUUUUUAAAGGACUAGGGAUAAUGCUACCUUCAUUGCAACAAGAGUUUGUAACCUCUACAACGCUAUUGGGUUGGAUUAUAACAAUGGUGGGCACAACUAUGGGAUUGGCAGCCCCAAUUGCAGGGUUGAUUGGCAGAAGUUUUGGGUUUGGUGUUACCAUCAUGAUAUGUGGAGUAAUGGUCGGUGUUGCAGGCGUGGCUGGGUCAUUUGUAACAGGUGUCGGCCAGCUAGCUGUUGUGUGGCUACUACUGGCAGGUCCUGGAGUUGGAAUAGCACAUUGUCUUUCUACGGCGGCUAUUGGCAGAAAGUUUACUAAGAAGUUAGCAACAGCCGUCGGAAUUUCGAAGUCGGGUUCGUCCAUCGCCCUUCUGGUAAUUGCGCCCCUUACCCAACUGAUACUGGAAACAUACGGCUGGAGGGGAACAAUGUUGCUAAUCGGAGGUUUGUCGUUUCAUCUCGCCGUGUGUGGCGCCCUGAUUAUAGCUACAGAUACACGUCAAACUGAUGACUAUCACGUGAUACGACAGGAUAAAAUUAAACCCGAUGAUGGAAGUUCCCAUCGAUGUAGCUCAUGUUGCAAGUUAGUCUUCCAAAGCUUAGAUUUGAAACUUCUCGCCAAUCCGCUUUUCUGGGCUGCUUCGGUUAUUUCCUGUAGCAGUUACGCAAGUUUUGACUUGUGGGCAAUAUUCUUUGUAUCGAUGGCUCAGUCGAAAGGAAUUUCCCCUGGAGAUGCCGCUAUCAUUGUCACCAUUGCAGGUGUUAGUAAUUUAUUAAGCAAAUUCGUCCAAGGUUUUGUUGUUAGUCGACUAACAUUGUCUUACUGGGGUCAGUUGUGUAUAACUUACUGCAUACAAGCUACGAUAUUCUACGCAACUCCAUGGUUAAACUCGUUUUGGCUUUUGGCGGUGUCAUCUUUUGUGCAGUUCUUUUUCUCCGGACUAAAUUCUGUCAUCACAGAACUGUUUUUUAAGCAAAUCAUGGGAGCUGAUUUGCUGGUUGGUUUAUAUGGAUGGCUCGGUCUUAUAAUAUCACUAGUCUACUUCAGCACUGGUUUCCUUCCAGGUUUGAUAUUCGACUUGAGCGGAAACUACGAUGGAGCAUUUAUCUUCAUUGGUAUCCUGCUAUCAAUUCCUUUGAUUCCAUUGUUUAUCAUAAGAUGUAAGAAUGUCGUGUAAAGAGAAUCGUGAAAUAAUGUGCCACCAGUGUGUUAGACUCGGUUCCAAAGUGAUCUUGGUUUAAAGGCAGUGGACACUAUUGGUAAUUACUCAAAAUAAUUAUUGCCAUAAAACCUUACUUGGUGACGAGU